AUGGGGCAAAGAGCAUGUAGUAAAUUUCGAUACGGUUACCAAACGCUUUCACCUGGUCGUGAGAAGCAAGAGAAAGGCGCAAAAUUGAUUGCAGAGACCAAUGACUCGUCAGUACCAUUGAAAGUUUUGCCAGGUAGUUUGUCGACAUAA